GAAAUAACUGCAAGGCCUUAGAAAAAAAAAUCUUAUAACCAUUGUCAGUUUAUACAGCUCAUAGUUGCAUCCAAAAAUGGAAGCAUAUACUCGACCAAAAGAAAAAUAAAAGGGCAACAUAUGAACAAAAUCCAGAGACACUAUUGCCAUCUCCCCACCUCGCUCCUGUGUGCAUUUAAAACGAAUUGUGGUGACUUAAGAGAAGUUAAAAAUUGUCUAGUGUAUGUUGUAUCCUCUAAAAGAAAGAGAGGUUAACAUCUUGUUAGUGUUCAGUUUAAAAGCCAGCAUUCGUAUAAAAUGAGUAGCAUUCACACAAAUCACAUCACCACCAAUGCUGAGUGAUUUUAACAGGUAUAUAUGUUGUCCUUGUACUAAUUUUCAAAGAUCACAUGCUUUAUACAACAUCAGCUUUAUUUAAAAUACCAAUAUAAAAGGCUCAGCAUGCACGUUUGGCAUGUUGUGCUUUAUAAAUCCUCUUAAAAGGCAGAGUAAUUAUUGAUCUUGCUGCUAUAUAAUUCCCAUCACAGGUCGAAUCUAUUUAAUGAAUUAUUUUUCCAGUACAAGAUAUUUUUCUGGAAAGAAUUAAAGUCCUUAUCAUGACGUAAUGUCUCAAAGUAGCAAGUGGACAGGUGUAAAUAAUGAUAAUUGAUGACUGAAUUCUGUUUGUAUAUACAUAGUGGAUACAUGCAUACUUUUACACAUGGUUCACUGUUAUAACUUAUUUGGACAUUUAAACAUACUUAAACCUUUAUUAACAGGAUUAGUACCAGUUUUGGUUUUCUUGAUGUUAAGUCAAAAUGUUUGAGACCCAAACGUUUCCAUACACUGAGAAGAACUUAAGAGUUCCACCACUGGAUGGAGCUAUUUAUCAGUUAGUUUGUUUUUUAUUUAUCAGAGCCAUCUCUUCAUGCUAGUUAAACUUUAAACACAAAAUAGUCCCUGCUGAAGUAGGAGGCAUUUUGGUUUUCCAGCUGCUUUCAGUAUUUGUGUGUUUUAAUUUGUUUCAGAGAAUAUGCUCUGUCCUUCCUUUCACAGAUUCCUCUGCUUCUCUAAACAAAGUUCCUGCUCAGCCGUUUUGCCUGAAUAAGGAGUGCUCCUCACUCCAUUAACCCUUCAUUUCCCAUCCAAGUCAUUUGCCUGUUGCAGUCUGUGGGUAAAAUACAACAAAGUCAAAUGUGUGAGCAACAAAGAAAGGCGUUCAAGGGAAUACUUCAUGAUUUUUUUGUCAUGGCAUCGUCCAAGGUUCAGAGACAAGAGGAUCAGAAACACUGGUGAAGGUGACAGAGAUAGAUGGACCAAGACUUGACAUGUUUGUCCUUCCUCCUCCUUUAUCCUAUUAUGGGUGGUUGGUCUAAGCAAUCUCCACUCUCUCUCCAAACAUGCAUCCUUAUGACGUUCUGUGGUAUGAGGUGUGAUGUCAGGGCUGAGCUCUCACAGUUCUCUCACAAAGUUAAAGGAGAACAAGGACAGGAGACAGGAGCGCUGAAUCCAAGAGACAGACACGAGACACACCGGUUUGCAUCCUGAUAACAGACUGCAAUCAGUCAGUUGCUGAGAUACACAGGGGAGUACUUUGAUUUACUCAUCAGACAUGGAGUCAGGAACUGUUAGUGGACCAGCAUCACUGACCAGUGAAGAACUAGCUUCCAUUGAGGAUGAAGAAGUUCUAAAUAAGAUGCUGGACAGUGCAACAGAUUUUGAAGACAGACGGAUGAUUCGUGCUGCAUUAAGAGACCUGCUCAAGAAAAAAAGAGAUAAACGGGAGCAGGAGCGAGGAUCAAGGCAGCUUGACCUGAGACAGCAGGGACUAAGCAAAGUGGGAGCAGCUGGUGGAGCUGUUAACAUUGGAAGGGCAUCCAUGAACCCGCAGCUAUCAGCUAGCAAGGCAACCAGUCAGUCUUCAUCAUCACCCAGUCCACUCAGCAGGACAGCAGGCAGCAAUGCCAGACCUGCUGCAGCCUCAAUCCAGAAAUGUCCCACUGUGGCAGCACCCAAUGCUAAAAAUGUCAAACAGAUGCUUCUGGACUGGUGCAGGGCCAAAACAGAGCCAUAUGAGGGAGUAGAUAUCCAGAACUUCUCCUCCAGUUGGAAAGAUGGCAUAGCUUUCUGUGCCUUGGUGCACCGAUUCUUCCCUGAUGCAUUUGAAUAUUCCAUCCUCAACCCCCAAAAGCCCAAGGACAACUUUCAGCUGGCUUUCAGCACUGCAGAGAGGCUGGCAGGCUGCCCCCCUCUGCUGGACCCGGAGGACUUAGUUCGGAUGCAAGAGCCUGACUGGAAGUGCGUGUACACAUACAUCCAGGAGUUCUACCGCUGCCUGGUGGAGAAAGGCCUUGUCAAAACCAAAAAGCGGACAUAGACUCAGACAUCAGUCAGACACAUGACUUUCAGGAGUCACAGUGAUUUCAGCCUUAAUAAUUUAAUGCUCAUUUGACAAAAACUGAGGUAGAAAUAUUUUUCAACUUAAUAUUUACAUAAUUAUAUUCUUUUAUUGUAUGUAUCAAAAUGAAUAUGCACAGUGAUGAACGGCUAGUAUUUGCAUUAGUUUGUGUGUUACAUUUGGGUGUAUAUGUUUUCAGUGGACAGCUGGAGCUUAGAAUAAGUACAUUCCCCUGAGAUUACACAUCUGUAUUAAUCCCUCAGUGAAUCCGAGCCUGUCCUUUAUGUUGCUGUUCAGGACCUGGGAGUAUGUGUAUUAAAGGUCCAUUUAAUAAAUGAUCCAUUUCAUUAUAAAUGCUUUUGAUUUUUAACUACAGCCAAUCAAUAAAAAUGUAUUUGUCACCAACUAUCCACAAUUUACUUGAAGCCCUCACUAAACAUUGAUAUGAAUAGUUUGCAUUUCUGUUAUGGGACAGUUAAAGGGCUCAUCUUAGUGGCAGGGUACAAUAAAAGAAAUGUAUGUUAAUUUUUUCCUUUUUUUUUUUUCUGUGCUUUUCUGAGUCACAGUUCUUUAGACAGAGUUGUUGACAAAAUACUUUUCUGAUGGCAUCUGAGGUUUUUUUGUCCUUAGUUAAUCUUAAAACUCAUUGCAAAAUGUGCAUUACAAUCAUGGAGCAUUUACUGACUUGUAAGUGUAUGUAAAUUACAGCACCUACUGUUUAAUUAAAGAA